CAUUUGUUUGUUACUUCGCUGCUGAUGUAAUUCAUUCACGAAACGAGAUAACACCUACUGGAGAAAAAGUCGCAAAAUUUAACGGUUUUUGUCACCAGUUCACAUAUUUAAAGAUGCCACGAGGAGGAAGAAGUCGUGGAAGGUCCGUUUCACCAGUUCGGUCUUCGCCACCCAGAACGAUGGCCCCAGCCCCUGUUCCACAGAGAGCACCCAUGCAAUCCCAGCAGCCAGCCUCGGCCAUGGGCCAACCACGUCAGCCCGGUCUCCUGGGUCAGAUGGCAGCGACUGCUGGUGGUGUAGCCAUUGGAUCAGCAGUGGGGCAUGCCGUUGGACAUGCCAUGACUGGUGGUGGAAGUAGCCAUCCAGAUGUCACCUACCAAGAACAGCCACAACAGCAGCAGCAGCAGAACCCUUGCCAGUAUGAGCUACAGAGAUUCAUGCAGUGUGCCGAUACCCAGAGUGACCUCAGUUUGUGCGAUGCGUUCAACAUGGUUCUCAAAGAUUGCAAGAGAGCGAACGGUUUGGCAUAACAGCGGUGAGCGUGAUUUGCCCUAUACUUUCUCAGAUGUCGGCCUCUGUCCACUGCAGCUAUUACAUGCAACAUCAAAUGAUAUGACGUAUUCUUUUAACUGUAUAAGUUAUUAUUGGUGGAACCAAAUUGAACUCUGAAAUUAACUGUUUUAAAUCCGCCAAGCCAUCGGAAUAAAGUUUGUAAGUUUCACCAAAGGAAUGUUAUCAGUAUUUAUUAGAUGCUCAUUAUUGUCAGAAUUAUGAAAGUAAAAAUGUUACCAUGAAUUCAGUUAAUCCUUUGUUCUGCUUUUUCUACCUCUAGCUGCUUGCAUUCACACUAAUUAAGAAAAAGUUAUGUCCACCCUAACAGCAUGCCAUUUUGAAUAAGCGAGAGAGUUACGAGAAAAUUUAAAUCAGCACGACACUGAAAUGCCAUCAAAAUCGAGUGAAAAUAGGAAAAUAAUAAUGUGUUAAAAAUAGGAAAAUAAUAAUGUGUUAAAGUUUAUUUUAUCUCACACAACAGUUAUGUGCACGAGUGACUAUUGAUAGGAGCAAAGAUAUGCACACACUCUCUAUAUUUGUGUUUUCUUCAAUGAAAUCAGAAAACACAGACAAAUUUGUAAAUUGAGAAUUCAUUGAAACAUAAGUUAAGCAAGACAUAGGCGGUGGUGGCAAAGUCAACGGUGAAAAUCUUAACCAAGGUUGACAUUUUAGAGUGUCAUAACUUUGAAAGCAUGUGAAUCUAUUUUAUGAAACUUACACUUGUGGAUAAUCAAAUAUGACUGAUCAUCUUGGAAAAGUUUCAUGUCACAUGAUAAAGGUCAAAUUUCAUUUAUGUUUACUAAACUUUGACCAUGUUGUGAUAUCAACAUAAAAAACUUAACCAACAAUAUUAAUUUGGAUUUUUUAAGUUGAUAUUGAAAGUAUGAAGUCCUAUCGGAGAAAACGUACAUAUCAGCAAAUUGGUAAAUGAAAUUUCAGGUCACUAGGUGAAGGUCAUUUGAGGUCAAAGAACUUAGUAUGUGAUUAUCAAAUUUAUGUGUUUUUUGUAAAAAAUUUAUUCAUCUUAGUUGUUUUCAAAGUCAGCGCUGCUGUUAUAUUGAAUCAUGUAAUGCAGGCAAAACUGUCAGAGGCGUUCACUUGUCUACAUUAUUACAAAAGGGUGAAAACAAUUUGUAUUUCAUAAAAUUAAAUAAAAAAGAAAUGGUGAAUGUGUGACAUCCUUGACAUCCCCAUAUGCAUUUAAAUGUGUGAAAUUAAGCAAAACUCCAAUAUUCUCAUAAUUUCCCACUUUUGUAUGUCCUAUUUUGAUGAACUUCCUGGUUUUGGGUUCGUUUGAUUUUCAUACUUAUUAUUCAAAUUGUUUUGUUGAGCCGAAUAUAAUGCCUAAGUGUGAAAAUUUGAAGCUGUAAUAGCCAAAGUUUGCCGAUUGGGAUGUUGUUGCAACUUGCCAGUGAAAUUCUCAAACUAUCAUUAUUUCAUGUUUUUUAGGUUUUAGGGGAAUCAUUUGAGAGUAAAUGUAUUGAUUUUCUUGCUGCAGGUAUUCCUCAAUGAUAUAUAUCUUGACCUAGGAAAUAUACAUGAAAUGAUUUAACAAACUUUGAUUCUCUUCAAAUGGUGAUAAACAAUCAUUUAUAAAGGACGCUCAUCUUCUAUAUGUAAUAGAAUAUUAUUUAUGUGCAGCAGGACUGAUAAACAUGCUAUGGGAAUGGUCUGAAGUUGCAUGUACCAUUGCAGUUUUGUGAGCUGAAUAUGACGAUAUGUUAUUGGAUUGUUGCAGCAAUAUUAUGUGUGUUGAUUUGAUUUUUAUCCUGCGUAUGUGACAUUUCAAACCUGAAAAUGUAUCAAAGUAUUUUAUUAUUGUACAUUGAUGAAAAAGAAAAUGGAAGUAAAAUAUA